GAGCCCCGGAUGUUGGCGGCGCCAGCUGCCUCAAGCGCCGCGGGCGGAAGCCGGUGACGGGAGUGGGUUUCCUCCCGCAGGGGCCGCUCCCGUCCCAUCAGGGCGCGAUGGGCACGGCGCUGGACAUCAAGAUCAAGCGGGCCAACAAGGUGUACCGCUGCGGGGAAAUUCUUUCUGGCGUCGUGGUCAUAACAAGUAAGGACACAAUCCAGCACCAAGGCAUCUCAUUGACAAUGGAAGGAUCUGUAAAUCUGCAGCUCAGUGCCAAAAGUGUGGGUGUGUUUGAAGCUUUCUACAAUUCUGUCAAGCCUAUUCAAAUUAUUAACAGCACUAUUGAAAUGGUAAAACCAGGGAAGCUUCCCAGUGGCAAGACAGAAAUUCCUUUUGAAUUUCCACUGCAUGUGAAGGGCAACAAAGUUCUGUAUGAGACGUAUCAUGGUGUCUUUGUUAAUAUUCAGUAUACCCUGCGGUGUGAUAUGCGACGUUCUCUGCUGGCAAAAGACCUAACCAAGACUUGUGAAUUCAUUGUUCACUCAGUGUCACAGAAAGGGAAACUGACGCCGAGCCCAGUAGACUUCACAAUUACUCCUGAAACUUUGCAGAAUGUUAAAGAGAGAGCAUCACUUCCAAAAUUUCUCAUCAGAGGCCAUCUCAGUUCUACAAACUGUGUCAUUACGCAGCCACUGACAGGGGAGCUGGUAGUGGAGAGUGCAGAAGCUGCAGUCAAAAGUAUUGAGCUGCAGUUAGUGCGUGUGGAAACCUGUGGGUGUGCAGAAGGUUAUGCCAGAGAUGCCACAGAGAUACAGAAUAUUCAGAUUGCUGAUGGGGAUGUCUGCAGAGGCCUACCAGUUCCUAUAUACAUGGUGUUUCCCAGGUUGUUCACUUGCCCUACCUUGGAAACAACAAACUUCAAAGUGGAGUUUGAAGUGAACAUUGUUGUCCUCCUGCAUGAUGAUCAUCUCAUCACAGAGAACUUCCCACUGAAGCUCUGCAGGAUGUAAAUAGCCAGAGGAAGAAUCACUUAAGGAGUCACAGAAGGAUGAAAUCAUUCAGAGACAAAAUGAGAUUUUAUCUUAUCUUGUUAUUUGAAGUGAAAACUUAUCACUUCCUUUCUCCUGAUGGUGGUUCUUGGGCUCUCAGUUAUCCCAAAGCCUUUGCCUGUCCUAUGGUAGCCUACGUGGAUUAACUAUCCUGAGAGCUCUGUCAACUAUCUGAUUUCAGCAGCCAGAUUUUCUGUGGUUUUUUUCUCAAACAAAUUGUGAAUGUUUUUUUUGCAUAUUUUCACAAGUUAUAAAAAUAUGUGAAGCAAAUUUUUCUGUUUAAUUCAUAACGUAACACUUGUUCCAAAGUCCUUCAAAGACCUCUUAAAUGAAGUCAGUUCUGUUAAUAUGGUUUACUGUAUAUAUAUUUGAGGAGGGGACAGGACUGAAUAGUGCCUGUGGAAGUAUAAUAAAUGGUGCUACUACA